CUGAAAAUUCAACGGUAAUUAAAUCACAUUUGGUCAAGCAGGUGCCCAUUACAAAUUGCAGAAGUUAUUACUUUAGAGAAAAACAUUGUCAUCAACAACUAUAGAACUCAAAAAAAUUAGAUGAAUUGUUUCGAACACAGCGCACAUCUAUAUCAUUAUAAAUAUAGAAUUGAACAGUCACAAUAGGAAUUAACUACUGUGCUCACCCGAAGUCACGCCACAGCCCGAUUGUAAUUCUUUUUGUCGACCGCGAAAGACGCAAGAACAAGAUUUCAACAACAAACUCUUUGUAGCUGUCACAUCAGAUUCACGCCGUGGGCCACUGCGUCUUAGAUGAUGACGUAUUUUCUGGAUCUCCUCUCCGUCAUCCUCGGCGCAGGUCACGGGGUCGAAGAAGAAGGCGCCUCCUCUGGUCCUUCUCCUACGGCGUUGAAGAAGAUAGCGUGUCUUUGGGGCGCUUCUCUCACGGCGUCGAUUAAAAAGGCGUCUAUUAACUUUUCUCACGGCUGACGGCGAUGCGAAGCGGGCCACACGAGGAGGAGAUGGGGAGGCGACGAGCUGCGGUCUUCUCUCCUUCGCAGAACAGCAGCGGCAGCCAUGAAGAAUGAAGGAGAUUCAUCGUUCUUUUUUUCAUAUUCAUCCGAGUCGGGUAGCGAUUCGGUCAGUUCGGGCCUGCUUUUGGGGCCUGAACCUGUUCAAAAAAUAAAACCAAUAGUUGGGAAUAAUAAUGGCUCAAUCAUUGAAUGGUAGAUCACAUAUUUGUUUUUGGGUCGGAUUGGUCAAGCUUUCCGCUGCACCACAAGCUGUCAAGGCAGCCUUUGUCCCUUCUAUAAGACACUUGUCGCUCACAACUUCGGCCAACAAAAAUCUACACCUAUAGAUAUUAAGUAUCAAUCUACAUAGAAGACUUUGCCGAGUUGUAAUACAGAGUCUUAGUCCAAUUUAAUUGCCAAAAUGCCUUGGUCACAUAGUAUCACCUAAAUCGAAAAUGCACUACUACUGUCGUUUUGAGGUGUCUGUGCUAGUGUCGUUUCAUAAGUUCGUUGUCGUUUAAGUCUUAACUGAGAUUUGAGAUCUGUGUCUUCUUGUUCAUCAGAGUCGCAGAAAUCCUUCCAAUGCCACUCUCAGAUGCAACUUCUUCACUCCCAAACGAACCCUAAUGCAAAUGGUAGGACCGAAAAGACACUUCCUUCCACUUAUCUUAAUCUCCGUUACCGCCUUCAUCUUCUACACAUUCCACCAGUCUUCACUUCCACCACCUUCCGCCCCCGAACUUAACCCCAAUUUCACCCUCCAAAACCCAAUUCGGAAAAACCCUAACCCUAGCUUCACCUUCAUCAUUAAAAUCCUCGCCUUUAAUCGCCUCGACUCCCUCUCCCGCUGCCUCCGCUCACUCUCCUCCGCCGAUUACCUCGGCGACCGCGUCCACCUCCACAUCUACAUUGACCAUUUCGCCAAUGGAUCAUCGGAGAUUGAUGAGAAGCUUAGAGAAUCACACCGGAUUUUGGAGUUCGUCGAUUCGUUUAAAUGGAAAUUUGGGGAAAAAGUUGUGCUUUACAGGACCCUGAAUGCUGGCUUGCAGGCGCAGUGGCUGGAAGCGUGGUGGCCAAGCAACGAUGACGAGUUUGCAUUCGUUGUGGAGGAUGAUUUGGAGGUUUCUUCACUCUAUUACGAGUUCGUGAAAGGAGUGAUCAUGAAUUUCUAUUACAAUGCCUCCAAUUAUAGUCCUUCCAUCUAUGGUGUUUCGUUGCAAAGAGCAAGGUUUGUCCCAGGUAAACAUGGAAACACAUUACAGUUAGAUGACCAGACACGACUAUUUUUAUACCAACUGGUUGGCACAUGGGGUCAAAUUCUCUUUCCAAAGCCUUGGAAAGAGUUCAGGUUGUGGUACGAUGGAAACAAGGCAAAGGGAAUUAGGCCCUUUCUUGAGGGGAUGGUGACUACAGGAUGGUAUAAGAAGAUGGGGGAGAAAAUUUGGACACCUUGGUUCAUUAAAUUUAUUCAAUCCCACGGUUACUUUAAUAUCUACCAAAACUUUCUGCAUGAGAGAGCAUUGAGUGUUUCCCACAGAGAUGCAGGAGUAAACUAUGGAAAAAGUGCUGGACCUGAUUCUCAAUUAAUUGAGGAAAGAUCUCUUGACUUCAAUCUUUUGGAAAUGCAGCCUCUGAGCAGUUUAAAAUGGUACGAUUUUUGUUUCAAAGAAGUACUUCCCAGCAAGGUGGUGACAAACAUGGAAGAACUUGGAUCUAUGCUUCACUCUCUACCGAAACAAGAUAGUAUCGUCGUAGUUAAUCUUGUUGGGGUGUCAGAUACAGUAGCUAGAAACUUAUUAUGUCACUUUGAGAGGCUAGAUAUCAGGAAUUAUAUAUUUAUGGGCCCUCCAUCUGACUUCUUGUUUGAUCUUGCAAGGAGGGGGCAUCCUGUAGUUGAUAUGGACCAAUUUCUAAGUAGUGUUAGAGUGUAUAAAUCGACUUCCAAAGGUCCCAAUUCUGUUGCCAUCAAGAGUAUUUUGGCAAAGGCUUAUGUAAUUAGAAAGUGUAUCCAAAAUAGGUAUAACACAUGGGUGAUCAAUGGAAACAUGCUUCUCAAUUCUAAUCUCUUGUUCGAAUCCAGUGAUCUCAAUAAGGACUUCUUUGUUGCAAACAACUUGGAUUUCUUCUAUGCUAAAAGCUCAUCUUCGAGUGAGAAAGUUUGGAGUAAUGACUUCGUGUCGAAGGUUGUAGCUAUGGCAGACUCAUUGGCAAGAAAAGAUGAUGGUAUAAGGUUUGCAUAUGUGGUAAAAAAAUUAUUGGAAGAGAGUGGUGCUAGGAUUGGAAGAGUUGAUGAAACUACCUUUGGAAUGAAGAUUUGUUCUGAUGAAGUUGGGAAAUCUUCUUUUGAGGAUAAAAAGUUGGUACAUUGGUCAACUGUGAUGGAACUAGAAUCCGUUAAAAAAUGUCUUGAAGAGUUGAAUUUAUGGAGUAUAGACAGUGAUUUAUCCUGCACAGCAGUUGUAUGUCACAAGUCAUAGCAUUUUGUGGCAGAUAGAAGUAGAUUUACAUUUACAUUUUAUCUCUUUCUAUACUUUUUAAUGCCAGUUUGGCUUACACAUUCUUUUGCUCAUUUUGUAUUAUCACUUGUAACAAAAUUAAGCUGUGAAUGAGUUUAGAUGUGCUGGAGUUAAUUUCCUGAGCUGCAUUUUGUAUACAAGGUUUACCUUUCAUCACAGUCCUUCAUGUUUCCUAGUUUCCUAUGCUAAUUUAGGAUUUGGAGGAUUCAUGUUUGUUGUGUGGCUGUAAAACAAAGACUACCACGUAACUAAGCUCUGUAUUUAAACAGGGAUGAAUGUAAUGA